AUGCUUCUGAACCCAUUCCAACCAUGCGAGGGCUCACCAGCCUUCCAAGAAGAAUAUCGUGGCAGCUACGUACCAGAGAUUAUCAAAACAGAAUAUGGCCUCCAGGUUGUGGCUCCGAAUACUCCAUAUCACGUGAAGGAACAAAUCGAGAAGGCAACAGUGCCGAACCCGGAGGAGUACGUCGCCAUAGACGAGGUUACAGCUACGGCGGAAUUGAAAAGCUCUGUGACCGGUGAAACGACAUUCGUGUUUGACCCUCCCUAUGCCAGGGUGCUGUUUGCAAAGGGAAUGAAGAGGCGCAACCCGGAGCUCAAACUGCCUGAGCAUGAGCCCGCUAGCGAUUGGUUGGUGACCUACGACCUGGACAAUAUCUUUACGAAGCGGGGCUGA